CGCUUUCCUGCUACUGAGUGGGACCGUUCCCGUGACUCUCAACCACCACAAAAUGACUCACUAGUUUUAAACCCGAUAACACUACUUUACUUGGAAUUGUUCUCUCUCUCUUUUUUUUUCGUUGUUCAAUCGCUCACAAUGUUCAUUCGAAAGAUCACCAAACCAGUCUUGUGGAGUCAAUGGGCCAGUCCAAGAUACUAUUCGACCACAAAACCACUCUUGGGCUCCCAAAAGCCAACUAUUGUAAGCAACUUCUCCUAGAGGAAUUCCUGACCUUAGUGCUUGUCUUUAGGCGUCAGACGAAAAACCAGAAGAUGUUCGGGAUCUUCUUGUCAACCUCAUGAAGACAUCUCCCAGUAAGCGCGAACUUCAGCAUUUCUUAAAAAGAUUCGUCCCGGAUACAUCACCUUCCAUGCCUCGCAUAAAGCCAGAAUUGAACCCGCAGGGUGCUCCAGGAGUACAGUCUCCUAAAGACUAUGUUAAUGCACUUUUGUCCCCUUCAUCAAACCAGAUAGCCCUCACCAAGGUUGAAGGUCCCUUUGAUAGAACAGGAUGGCAGGCUGUUGGAUCAACCCUUCUUAAGCUUCAAAAGCUUGGCAUGACAUCAAUUGUAGUUGCUGACAGUGUAGCAUGGAGAUCAGAACAGCAUUCAGUAGAGCUUACAAAGCGCAUGACUCGGGAGAGUAUGGCUCUGGUGGAAGCGAUCGAGGGAGCAGGAGGAAGGGCACGCCCGAUAUAUGGAGGACUUCUUGAACAGGGUGUGUCAGAUAUCCAGGUCAACUUUGAAUUUAUCCAGUCUGCGCUUGACAACAACCAGAUCCCGGUUGUGUUCCCCAUUCUUUCUAAUAAUGGAAUGCAACAGCCCAUCAAAGCCAAUGAGGCAAUGGUAGCACUUACUCGAAACCUGGCUGGCCCACUCAAGUUCAAGGGAAUCACUCCCGCCAGAAUAGUGGUGAUUAAUAAUGAAGGAGGAAUCCCUAACCAUGAGCGACCAGGAACAGCUCACAGUUUGGUGAAUGUGCAGGAAGAAUACGAUGAGAUUGUCAAAGCAUAUGAUGACAAUGAAGCUUGGAAAAAAUCCCAUCCAAGUGCGAUUCAAAAUCUGGACAUGGUCAAAGACUGUCUUUCGUGCCUGCCUACUACUUCUUCGGCUAUCAUUGUGCCUACUAGCUCACUGCCCAAAGCUUUGAUUGCCAAUCUUGUCACAGAUAAGCCGCUUUACUCGUCUUCUCUGCCGAUCAGUAACCUCCAGAUUGGCAGUCCUGAUUUGCUGCAAGUAAAUCAAACCCGUUCUACCGUGCUCCGUCAUGGAAUCAAAAUCAAUAAUUACGCCAACCUGUCUGAUCUUGAUCUGCCGAACCUCACCAGACUAUUGGAGGCCAGUUUCCAAAAAAAGAUUGAUCAGUCGAGUUUCUAUGCUCGACUAGAACGUGAUCUUGCGGGAGCGAUUAUCGCUGGAGAUUAUGAAGGCGCGGUACUAAUGACACGCGAGAGAGCAUAUCCAGAAGCACAGGCCCAUUACUACCUUGACAAGUUUGCAAUCGCACCAACCAGUCAAGGCAUUGGGUUAACAGACAUUCUAUGGAAACGGAUGUGCGAUGCUUACCCUGAACUACUCUGGCGCAGUCGACAAGACAAUGGGGUCAACAAGUGGUACUUUGAGCGUUCCAAUGGAUACCUGCGACUUAAGGGUACUCAAUGGGUUCUGUUCUGGCAUGGAUCAAAAGGCUUCCAAUUUGUGGAGGAGUAUGCAACAAUUGCAAAGGCGAUACCCGCUUCAUUCUCAGGUCUUCUUACCAACAAGUAG